AUGGAGGUCGCCUGGAACAUCAUCUCCUUCCAGAACUUAGAUAAGAAGGCAAAGAAGCGGAUCUCCGAUGAGAUUCAGAUGCUGAAAAACCUGAAGCACCCCAAGAUCAUUGCCUUCAUCAAUGCCUGGACGAACAAGGAGCAAGAGAAGGUCUGCUUCAUCACCGAGCGCGUCACGGGAGGCUCGCUCCUGCAGUACAUCAAGCGCAUCAACGCCCCGCUGAAGCUCAAGGUGAUCCGCAACUGGUGCCGGCAGAUCUUGGAAGGCUUGAACUACCUCCACACGCGUCCAGACCCCAUCAUUCACAGGGACCUCAAGUGCGACAACAUCUUCAUCAACGGCAACCGCGGGGACAUCGUGAUCGGAGACCUUGGCUUGUCCACGACUUUGCGUGAGUCCUGCGCAGUAGCCCGGUCGAUCGUCGGGACGGUGGACUUCAUCGCCCCGGAGAUUUACGAUGAGAACUACGGCACGUCCGUUGACAUCUACGCCUUCGGAAUGGUCCUCCUGGAGCGUCGCUUAAGCGCCUGA